AACUGUCUCACAAUGUGGGUGUUCUUGUGGAUUCUAAUCUUUCUUUGUGGGAGUUUACAGCUCUCAGAAAGCGUUAAUUUUCGAUGCUAUAGGGGUUCACUAAACAAUUAUGAAAUUGCUGAUAUGAACAAUCCCCAAGUAUUUAUAAAAAGUGGAUGUAUUAAUACUGGUCUACGAACUUACAUCUACGUCUUCGGGUUUAAAACAACGCCCGAUGAUGAUACAACACAAGCCAUCCUUCAAGCCUAUAUAGAAAAAGGAUACUGUAAUUUACUCCUUCUCGACUGGUCCAAAGAAAACUACAGUUCCAACAUGACGAUCGUGGAUGACGCUUUUUUUUACAGCUUAGCUGCGGGAAAUUCCGUUGUGAUCGGAAGGGAAAUGGGAAAUUCGUUGAUAAUUCUGUUUAAUAAUGGCUUGAAUUUGCUGAAUGCAGUGCUACUAGGAUGGUCUUUAGGGUGCCCCUUAUUAGGAGAAGCCGGGAGAUAUGUGAUGUCCCAAGGAAUACAAAUAUUUCAAAUCAAAUGUUUGGAUCCAGCGAAACCUGGUUAUGGGAAACCGGUUCCAGUGAUGAAGCCUCUAGACAAAAAAAGUGCUAAGAUUGUAUUCAUCAUUCACACUGAUGUUUAUUACUUUGGCCUGAACGAGUCGCACGGUACUUGCGAUGUAUAUAUUAACCAAAGACCUUUUAUUGAUGGCAACAAUCUCCAACCAGGCUGCCCAGAUAGAAGUAUAAAUCGUGCUUGUAGUCACAAACGGUCUAUAUUCUGUUAUUUAAACGCUAUGCAGCAACCAAGCACUCUGAUCGCAAGUGCAGCUGCGAACUACUGGGACUGGGUCGCUGCCGAUGGUGUCAGUACAAACAUCGUCGAUAUAGGAAACGAUGAUGAGACAGACGCCGAGGGUAAUUACUAUAUGACCACCAAUCCAUCGGAACCAUUCGGACAAAGCACGGCAGGAUUAAGCGAAUAAAUUUAUUAUUAAGACUAUUAACAAAAUUCAAAAGUAUCAAAAUAUAGUACAAGGACUUCCAUUUAAUUAUUUGUAAUUUAUACAUAGAAAUAUUUUAUGGAUCUUCUCUACAAAACUACUUUUACUAACGAGAUUAAAUGCAUUAAGAAAUAAAAAA